CCCUAGGAGACGAAAUCGUUAAUUUGCAGUUUAACCAGUCUGGGAUGUUCGUUCGUGCACCAUCAUCGAUAAUCCUGAACAAUCAAUCAAUCUACUUUCCUCCUUCAAGUCGCAGAGUGUUCGACGGUCGAGAUUUACUUGGUCUCCGAUUCCUACAACCAUGAGGAAAUCUGUGAAUCGUCCGCCGACGCCGGAUGUUGCAGAAAAUCAAGAAAAAGAGCGCACUCUUCAAGAGCUUAUCAACAUCGAGUUGAUUGAGAGCGGUGAAAAGGAGAGGUUAAUGGAGCUUCUGAGGGAAAGGCUGAUAGAGUGCGGGUGGAAGGAUGAAAUGAAAGCUCUUUGCAGGGCAUUUAUAAAGAAAAAAGGGAGGAACAAUGUUACAGUUGAUGAUCUUGUACAUGUAAUGACCCCAAAGGGCAGAGCCUCCGUCCCUGAUUCCGUGAAGGCGGAGCUUUUGCAAAGAAUUCGUACAUUUCUUGUGUCAGCAGCUCUUUGAUGCACCGUGUGGUUCCUGAUUGUGACAAAUCUAGGGAUAUGAUGAUGAUGAUGGGUGGUGGUGAUGAAGAAGCUUUUUCUGAAUGAAACUCAUUAGUGAAUAGCUUGGAGGGCGGCGGGAUGCAACUCCCUUUUUAUUUGUUAUUUUUUUUGUUUCCAUGGGAAAAUUGUAUAAUUAAUUGAUGUUAUGGAAAGCAACUUAAACGAACAUUUAUAUUUUCUAUCAAGUUUCUACAUUUAUCAA